AACAAAAAUCAUACAUUAUAAAUUAAUCGAUAAAUUAAAGCAUUUUUUUGUUCAGAAAUUAAAGCUUAUUAGAUAUGAAAACCAUAAUAAAAAUUAUGGCUUUUCUCCUGGCCAUACAAGUAACUACAAUCUCAGCCAAACCAAACAUCAUUCCAUCGGACCAAUCAAAGCUGGACGAUUGGAUUGAUCACAACAUGAAAGCCUACGAAAAUGACAAGGGAAAUACUAGAAAAUUCGCCCUUGAUAAGGAACUGGCGGCGGCGGAGAAGGCGGUUAAGGUUGUGAAGGUGAGGCAAGACGGCAAAGGAGACUUCAAGACGAUCACCGAGGCGGUUAAAAGUAUUCCGUCUGGGAACACAGGAAGAGUGAUAGUGUGGAUUGGUGGUGGAGUUUAUCGUGAACAUAUAAUGGUGGAUAGGUCUAAGUCCUUUGUCACAUUUUAUGGAGACGAGAAUAAUGUACCUGUUAUCACUUUUGACGGCACAGCUGAGAAGUUUGGGACAUGGAAUAGUGCCACCGUUGCUAUUGAGUCUAACUACUUUGUUGCUGCUAAUAUUGCAUUUGUGAAUUCGGCUCCAAAGCCAAAGGGAAAAUUGAAUGGAGAACAAGCAGUGGCACUAAGGAUAUCAGGAGACAAAGCAGCUUUCCACAACUGCAAAUUUGUAGGCUUCCAAGACACCUUAUGCGAUGACAAGGGCAGACAUUUCUUCAGGGAUUGCUAUGUUGAAGGCACCGUAGAUUUCAUCUUCGGCAAUGGACAAUCACUUUACUUGAACACAACCAUAAGAUCGGUUGCAAAGCUGACAGGGGUUAUCACAGCCCAAGCAAGAUCAAAGGUAUCUGAAGAUAGUGGGUUCACUUUUGUUCAUUGCAAAAUCAUAGCUGAUGGUGAUACUUACUUGGGUCGGGCUUGGAAAGAUAUGCCAAGAGUUAUCUUUGCAUAUACCUAUAUGGGCAAUCAUAUUGAUGUUAAUGGAUGGUCUAAUGGCAUGUGGCCUAUCCAAUCUCAGGGAAAAAAUAAGGAUGUGUAUUAUGGGGAGUACAAGUGCAUGGGACCUGGAGCGAGCACCUCUGGCCGUGUCAAGUAUGCAAAGCUAUUAACCGAUGAACAAAUCAAACCUUUCAUGAGUAUGACUUACAUUCAAGGCAACAAAUGGCUUAUCCCACUUCCCAACCUUAAACAUUAAUUAAGUCCU